AUGGCAUACCUUCUCCUGCCACAUUCGCACCGGCGUUGCAUUUGGACCCCGCUCCCCGAGCUCAUAAAUGAGGAGAAAUAUCGGACGGCGAGGGUCGGGGGCUCCGAAUACCUAUUAAAACCCGAGCAGAUCGUCAGUUGGACCAACUUUGCGGAUGAGGUCAAGAGCCUGGUUGCUCCGUUUUGUGGGACAGUGCACGAUUUCGCCCCUAUUGUUCCCAGUGAAAGCUUUGGUGUCGCGAACGAGAUCGGGGUGCAGGGACGUUUUGUUCAGAACGCCUUGCACCCCGUGGGUGACAUCGUCAAAUUGCUGAGGUUCGGUGUCUCCUUUGGCGAUUCCCAAUGGGGGGUGCACCGGAAGAAGGACGACGAGGGCGAGAAGAGUAGUCGCGUUGCAGGUCGAGGAACGACACUUUUCCCAGAUAUUGUCGUGGUCGAGAACAAAAAGCACCAUAUCCGUUCACUGGCCGAAAUCAAGACCUACUGGGCAUUCAAGCCCCACGAAAAGCAAACCUGGGAUGAGUUCUUGGCUGACAAACUCGGCCAGCUCGCGCGCUAUAUGGAUGAUCACUAUUGCCGUUUCGGGUUUUAUACCACCUAUCAACAGACGUGGUUUCUGAAACGUGUAGAUGACACCCAUUUUGCUGUGUCGGAGCCCAUCAGUGCAAGCGCCACAUCGACUGUCAGCGCAGUAUCUCUACGAGAAUGCAUUCUCGCUACAGCCAUCAGGGCAACCGACGCGAGAGGAAGCUAUUAUGGAGUCAGGCAUGGGAAGGAAUUAGUAAGUUGUAGCAUGCUUGUGCAUGGAAUAGUUGUUGACUGA